AUGACGGCUCAGGAACGUCCAGAAGCAGUCCCGGAGGAGACUACGCCCCUCUUGGGGGAGUCUUCCGACAAUGGGGAAGAUUUGGCGCGAAUUCAAGUGUCUCGCCUGAGGGGAUCGGCGAUAGUGGCCGCCAUGGGGCUGUUGCUGUUCAUCAUGACAACCAAUAUGUCGAUGAUGACUACCGCGCAAUCCGACAUUGCGGCCGAUCUGGAUGCUUUUUCGGAGACAACAUGGUUCAACUCGGCUUUCUUGAUUGCCAUGUCCAGCCUCACACCUCUCUCGGGUCGACUCUCCCAAAUAUUCACACCUCGUGUAUAUAUUCUUUUCUCUUGCACAUUAUUGUCAAUUGGUCUCUUCGUGACAGCGUUGGCUCCGACACUGCCUGUCUUCCUUUUGGGACGAGCUCUUACAGGAUGUGGUGCUGGUGGGCAGAUGGUUAUUGCCUUUGUCUUGACCCUCGACUUGACGAGCAAGAAGCGCCGGGGUCUCUUCAUCGGUCUAAUCAGCGCAGGGAUGACUACCGGUGUCUCCUCUGGGGCGGUGCUGGCCGGUCUUCUGACGCCGGCUUACGGAUGGCGGAUUAUCUUCUGGAUCCAAGCACCGCUGGCCCUGAUAUUAGGCCCAGUGCAAUUCUUGGCGAUUCCGGAACGCCCGGAGGAUGAACACCUAAGUGGACGCGCUCUGCUGCGAAGGUUGGCAAAGGUUGACUAUGCCGGGGCAUUGACGUUGACAAUUUCCGUCUUCCUGUUACUGUCGAGCCUUGCUGCGGCAGUAAUCAAAAUAAUGCCUAUACUUCUGUCGUUCGUUUUUCUGGGGAUCUUUGUCUUAAUAGAAUCGAGAUUCGCUACCGACCCCAUUAUCCCGAUGGAAGUACUCAAGAAGAGGAGCGUCUUGCUCAGCUGCUUGGCGGGUGCUGUUUGCAUGAUGGCACGCUGGGCAGUUCUUUUCUACUCGCCAGUCUAUGCACUCGUUGUUCGUGAUUGGUCUCCGGCCUCCGCGGGCUUGAUUCUGGUGCCAACCAACGCCGGGUUCGGGCUAGGAGGACUCCUAGUCGGCUGGAUUCAUAUUCGUAAAACAGGCAGCUACUAUAUCUCGGGCCUCAUCGCCUUCUUUCUAUUCGGCCUCACCAACCUCAUAUUAUCCGUUCUAUCCACACCGCACUCUUCCACGGUCGCCUAUCUCUCUGCUACCUUUUUCAACGGUCUUUCUGUCGGAGCAGUCAUGAACUAUACCCUAUCCCAUCUACUACAUCUCACAGACCCAGACAUGCAUUAUGUUAUCAGUGCCUUGCUAGGAAUGAGCAGAGGGUUUGCCGGCAGCUUUGGGUCCUCUAUUGGUGGGGGUUACUUCCAGCGUGAGUUGAAGAGAGGGCUGGAGACAGGGUUCAUGAAACAUGGACUUGCCAAUAGAGGUGAAUUGAUCCGCAAACUGCUCGGCAGUCCGGCACUGGCAAAACGCCUGACGGGCGUCGAGAGAGCGGUGGCUGUUCAGAGCUAUGAGCAAGCCGUGAAGACCUUGCUACUGGGAGCUUGUGUAUUGGCUAUUGCUGCGGCCGCGGCCCAGGCUGGGACUGGGUGGAAACCGUACAAGAGUGAGAAGCGGCAGGAUCUUGGGGAUUUGGAGGCCACGGCAGAGGAAGAGCAGUGA